GCUGUGCCUGGGCUGCGGGAUGGGGCGGCAGUGAGGACGGGCGGGUGUGCGCCGACGGGGCUCUCGCCCCGGAGCCGAGCCGUACCGAGCCGUGCCGAGCCCAGCCCAGCCCCGCUCCCCGGUGAUGCGCAGCGGUCCCGCCGCCUAACCCCGCUGCCCGCUGCCAUGGCGGCCCCGACCCCCGGGGGGGCGGCGGGGGUCCCGGCGGGGCUGCGGGCCGCCGCCUGGUUGCUGGCGUGCGCCGCGCUGUGCCGGGGCCGCGCCGCCGCCUGCCCGCCGCUCUGCGCCUGCAGCGGCACCACGGUGGACUGCCACGGCACGGCCCUGCGCGCCGUGCCCAAGAGCAUCCCCCGCGGCACCGAGCGCCUGGAGCUCAACGGCAACAACAUCACACGGAUCAACAAGAAUGACUUCACCGGGCUGAAGCAGCUCCGCGUCCUGCAGCUGAUGGAAAACCAGAUCAGCACGGUGGAGCGUGGGGCGUUCGAUGACAUGAAGGAGCUGGAGCGGCUACGGCUGAACCGCAACCAGCUGCAUACCCUGCCUGAGCUCCUCUUCCAGAACAACCAGGCGCUGUCGCGGCUGGACCUGAGCGAGAACUUCAUCCAGGCCAUUCCCAGGAAGGCGUUCCGUGGGGCCACCGACCUCAAGAACCUGCAACUGGACAAGAACCAGAUCAGCUGCAUCGAGGAUGGGGCUUUCCGUGCCCUGCGGGGGCUGGAGGUCCUGACCCUGAACAACAACAAUAUCACUUCCAUCCCCGUGUCCAGCUUCAACCACAUGCCCAAGCUGCGGACAUUCCGCCUGCACUCCAACCACCUCUUCUGCGACUGCCACCUGGCCUGGCUCUCGCAGUGGCUGCGCCAGCGCCCCACCAUCGGGCUCUUCACCCAGUGCGCCGCUCCGGCCCAGCUCCGCGGCCUCAACGUGGCUGAGAUCCAGAAGAACGAGUUCAGCUGCUCCGGACAAACGGACCCGGCACGCGCUCAGCUCUGCAGCUUGUCCUCUGGCUCCUGCCCGGCCAUGUGCACUUGCAGCAACGGCAUUGUGGACUGUCGGGGCAAGGGGCUGACGGCCAUCCCUGCCAACCUGCCCGAGACCAUGACGGAGAUACGCCUGGAGCUCAACGGCAUCAAGUCCAUCCCCCCAGGCGCCUUCUCCCCCUACAAGAAGCUGCGCAGGAUAGACCUGAGCAACAACCAGAUCUCGGAGAUUGCCCCCGACGCCUUCCAGGGGCUGCGCUCACUGAACUCCCUGGUGCUGUAUGGCAACAAGAUCACGGACCUCCCCAAAGGCGUCUUCGGGGGACUUUUUGCCCUGCAGCUUCUGCUCCUCAAUGCCAACAAGAUCAACUGCGUGCGGGCAGACGCCUUCCAGGACUUGCAGAACCUCUCGCUGCUCUCGCUCUAUGACAACAAGAUCCAGAGCCUGGCCAAGGGCACCUUCACCUCCCUGCGGGCCAUCCAGACCCUGCACCUGGCCCAGAACCCCUUCGUCUGCGACUGCAACCUGAAGUGGCUGGCAGACUUCCUCCGCACCAACCCCAUUGAGACCAGCGGCGCCCGCUGCGCCAGCCCCCGGCGCCUGGCCAACAAGCGCAUCGGCCAGAUCAAGAGCAAGAAGUUUCGCUGCUCGGCCAAAGAGCAGUAUUUCAUCCCAGGGACGGAGGAUUACCAGCUGAACAGCGAGUGCAACAGCGAUGUGAUCUGCCCGCCGAAGUGCCGCUGCGAAUCCAGCGUGGUUGAGUGCUCCAACCUGAAGCUCACCAAGAUCCCAGAGCGCAUCCCGCAGUCCACGGCAGAGCUGCGCCUGAACAACAAUGAAAUCUCCAUCCUGGAGGCCACCGGCAUCUUCAAGAAACUCCCGCAUCUGAAGAAAAUCAACCUCAGCAACAACAAGGUGUCGGAGAUCGAGGAUGGGGCAUUCGAGGGGGCAUCCUCCGUCAGUGAGCUGCAUCUCACCGUCAACCAGCUGGAGUCUGUGCGGAGCGGCAUGUUCAGGGGCCUAGACGGGCUGAGGACCCUGAUGCUGAGGAACAACCGCAUCAGCUGCAUCCACAACGACAGCUUCACGGGGCUGCGCAACGUCCGCCUGCUCUCCCUGUAUGACAACCAGAUCAGCACCAUUGCGCCGGGCGCCUUUGACACGCUGCAGUCCCUCUCUACGCUGAACCUGCUCGCCAACCCCUUCAACUGCAACUGCCAGCUGGCCUGGCUGGGGGACUGGCUGCGCAAGAGGAAGAUCGUGACGGGGAACCCGCGGUGCCAAAACCCCGACUUCCUCCGGCAGAUCCCGCUCCAGGACGUGGCUUUCCCCGACUUCAGGUGUGAGGAAGGUCAGGAGGAGACCAGCUGCAUCCCCCGGCCCCAGUGCCCGCAGGAGUGCACCUGCCUCGACACCGUUGUCCGCUGCAGCAACAAGCACCUCAAGGCCCUGCCCAAGGGGAUCCCCAAGAACGUCACGGAGCUCUACCUGGAUGGAAACCAGUUCGCUCAGGUCCCGGGGCAGCUCUCCACCUUCAAGUAUCUGCAGCUUGUCGAUCUGAGCAACAACAAGAUCAGCUCCCUGAGCAACUCCUCCUUCACCAACAUGAGCCAGCUCACCACCCUGAUCCUCAGCUACAACUCCCUGCAGUGCAUCCCUCCGCUGGCCUUCGAGGGCCUCCGUUCCCUCCGGCUGCUGUCUCUCCACGGCAAUGACAUCUCCAGCCUCCCUGAGGGUAUCUUCACAGACGUCACCUCCCUGUCCCACCUAGCCAUCGGGGCCAACCCCCUGUACUGCAGCUGCAACCUGCGCUGGCUCUCCAGCUGGGUCAAGACGGGGUACAAGGAGCCAGGCAUCGCCCGCUGUGCUGGGCCCCCUGACAUGGAAGGCAAGCUGCUGCUCACCACCCCCGCCAAGAAGUUUGAGUGCCAAGGCCCACCCGCCCUGAGCGUCCAGGCCAAGUGCAACCCCUGCCUCUCCAGCCCCUGCCAGAACCAGGGCACCUGCCACAACGACCCCCUUGGCUUCUACCGCUGCGCCUGCCCCAGCGGCUACAAGGGCAGGGACUGCGAGGUGGCACUCAGCGGCUGCUCCUCCAACCCCUGUGCCAACGGGGGGACCUGCCAGCCCCAGGAGGGGGAAGGAGCCGGGUUCAGAUGCCUGUGCCUGGCGGGCUUUGAGGGCCCGAGCUGCCGCGCUGCCAGCGACCCCUGCAAGGAGCACAGCUGCGAGAACGGGGGGUCCUGCAUGCCUGGUGCCACCAACUACACCUGCCUGUGCCCUGCCCACUACACAGGGUAUUUCUGUGAGCAGCCGCUGGAUUUCUGCUCAGCCGAGCUCAGCCCGUGCCAGCACGGCUCCACCUGCAUCUCUACCAGCCAGGGGCCCAGGUGCGAGUGCGUGCCCGGCUACGUGGGGAGCAACUGCAGCGAGGACUUCGACGACUGCCAGGACCACCGGUGCCAGAACAACGCCCGCUGCCUGGACGAGGUGAACGGCUACUCCUGCCUCUGCACCGAGGGCUACAGUGGCCAGCUCUGUGAGAUGCCGCCCCGUGCCGCCGGCCAGCCCGGCCUCUGCGAGCGAGCCGAGUGCCAGAACGGGGCCCCGUGCGUGGAGCGGGGCGCCCGUGCCCUCUGCCAGUGCCUGCCCGGCUUCGGUGGCCCCAAGUGCGAGAAGCUGCUGAGCGUCAACUUUGUGGACCGUGACACAUACCUGCAGUUCACCGACCUGCAGGACUGGCCCCGGGCCAACAUCACCCUGCAGGUGAGGGCUGGGGGGGUGGUGUGUGUUUGUGGGCAUUGGGAGGGUGGCAUCGAGGGUGGUGCCCUGGGGAUGUGGGCUCCCACCUCUUCCCCCUGCCAGGUCUCCACAGCUGAAGGCAACGGCAUCCUGCUGUACAAUGGUGACAGCGACCACAUGGCCGUGGAGCUGUACCAGGGCCACGUCAGGGUCAGCUACGAUCCCGGCACCCACCCCAGCUCGGCCAUCUACAGCGCCGAGACCAUCAACGACGGGCAGUUCCACACUGUGGAGCUGGUGACCUUCGACCAGAUGGUGAACCUCUCCAUCGACGGUGGCAGCCCCAUGACCAUGGACAACUCGGGCAAGCACUACACGCUGAACAGCGAGGCCCCCCUCUAUGUGGGAGGGAUGCCUGUGGACGUCAACUCGGCCGCCUUCCGCCUCUGGCAGCUCCUCAACGGCACCAGCUUCCACGGGUGCAUCCGCAACCUCUACAUCAACAACGAGCUGCAGGACUUCACCAAGACGCGGAUGACGCCGGGGGUGGUGCCGGGCUGCGAGCCCUGCCGCAAGCUCUACUGCCUGCACGGCAUCUGCCAGCCCACCGGCGCCCAGGGCCCCGUCUGCCACUGCGAGCCCGGCUGGGACGGGCCCCACUGCGACCAGCCCCAUGGCGGCCCCUGCCACGGGCACAAGUGCGUGCACGGGCUGUGCCUGCCCCUCGACGCCCUCUCCUACAGCUGCCAGUGCCGCGAGGGCUACCAGGGUGCUCUCUGCAACCAGCCCACCGAGCCGCCCGACCCCUGCCGCCGCCGGCCCUGCGUCCACGGCCACUGCCGCCUCACCCCGGGCGGCCAGCCCGCCUGCGAGUGCCACGGCGGCUACACCGGAGUCCUCUGCGACCAAGAGCCGGAGUGCCACGGGGAGCCGGUGCGGGACUACCACCAGGUGCAGCGGGGCUACGCCAUCUGCCAGACGACGCGGCCGGUGGCCUGGGUGGAGUGCCGGGGGGCCUGCGGCGGCCCCAGCACCGGCUGCUGCACCGGGCUGCGGCUCCGGCGCAGGAAAUACGCCUUCGAGUGCAGCAAUGGUGCGACCUUCGUGGAGGAGGUGGAGAAGCCCAGCAAGUGCGGCUGCAGCCAGUGCCUGUGAGCGGCCACCGGCCCCGGAGAGCGGCGGGGCUGGCAGGGAGCCCCCCCCAGUUGGAGCCAAGGACCUCGCUUUGCCCUGCGGCCGCGGUACUGCUGUCUGGGUGUUCCUGAACCGCAGCUGCAUCAAAGGAGCCCGGCGGAGGGUAGAGCUGUUGCAUCUAGAGGGUUGGGGAAAAAAAAAAAAAAAAAAAAAAAAAAAAAAGAAAAAAAACCCCCACAAACAAAGCAAAUGUGUAGAUAGAGAAUUUUUUAAGAACUGCAGCUACACAGAUGUGUGGAUACGGGGUGGGUGCUCUGCCCUGCUGCCCCUUCCCCGCGGCGCUCUGCCUUCCCCCCAGCACAGCCCCAGAGCCGCAGAGGGCAGCGCCUGUGUCCCUCGCGACGUGUCCCCUCCCCAGCAGCCUGUCCCUUGUGUCCAUCUGGGCGAGCCGGUGGCUUUUCCAACACCUGGGGCUGGAGCGGAGGGGCCUGACGUGGCAGAGGCUCGUGGGCCGUGGUAAGCCGGGGCUGGCGGAGGGCUGCGUGGUGCAGCCGGCAUCCCAUGGUCCCAGCGAGCCUGGAGCCCGGCUCCCCAUCCUCUCCGCUGGCCUCCCUGCUGAGGACCCGCUGUUGCCCUGAUGGCAGCUGCAGCGAGCAGCUCCCCGGUGCCGUGGCCGAGGUGCUGGAGCCCAGCGUGCCCCAAAUAACGUCACCAGCUCCAGGGCCGCAGCCCGACCCACUGGUGGCACCUCUGGGCUGCGCGGGUGCACCCCAUGGCACCCAGAGCUGGGGCAUGGCUCCAGCACAUUGCAGUGGCAUUGGGGCCAUGCUGGGUGGAGCAGGACCAGGGUGGUCCCGGGCACACUGAGUGGGUCAUGGGCAGUGGGGCGCAGAUGUCUGUGGGGGACUAGCAUGGUGCCGUUAAGGCAGAGGGGACCCCAAAUACCCCCGGCCCAGCCAAGCAGCUCUUCUCAGAGGCGGGAUCAUAUAGGGCAGCACAGGAACCCCUUUCCUCCAGGCUCAGCCCUGGGGGGGGGCUCUGCAGCUGGGCAGAGGUGCCCCACGUCCUGCUGGCCCUGCUCUCCAUGGCCCAGCCAGCAAGGGCAGGAGGCUGCUGAGACAGCCGGCGUGCGCGUUGCCAUGCUCCUCACCGGGGCUUCAGCCUUGCGGGUGCCAGGGCCGGUUGAAGAGGCUGAAGAUGCCUAAGCCUGCAAGCCUGGAGCUAACACCACUGCCGGGGCAGGUCCCACCACCUCCUGGACUCGGGUGCCGGCGCCCGGGCAGCGCCUCUCCAAAGCCCACAGUGCUGGGGGACGCGCUGGGCUGGUGUGGGAGCAGGGGCAGGGCUGCUGCCAGUGCAGCAUGGAGAGCCCGCGCCGGGGUACCGCACGCACCUGACCUCCGCAGCAGCAUUGCUUCUACACCCAUGGGGGCCGAGGAUGGUGGGGCCCAACCUGGGACGGUGCACGCAGCUGGACAGCACAUCACCGUGUCACCCGGGCGGACAAAUCGCAGCCCCGGGUCUCUCCAUCGCACUGCUCCAGCGCAUCGGCUUCAGGGCCGCGCCGCCGGCUGCAGCUGGGCUCCGGGCAUCUCCACCAGGUGCGUCUGGCUCCGUGGGUGCCGGCACCAUCCCUGCUCACCACCAGCAUCCAGGAUGAUCCCGCCACCACGGGAUCUGUGUUUCUGCCACAAAUGCCCUCUCCACGGGAGCCCCCGCUGCCACACAGAGGAGCUGGGACGCAUCUCAUUUUGCCCGUGGCCCGGCCAGGGCUUGGUUGUGUUGUGUUUCUGUUCUUGCUGUAAGCUAACCGCUAAAGUAUCUCUUUAUACAGAAUACUUACAGAUUCUAAUAUAUAUUUGUAUUUCAUUUUGUUAUAGUAUUUUUAUAUGUUCGGGGUCAACAAAUGAUGUUUUCUUUUUGUUUACAGAUGCUACUGGGCAGGAAAAUGACGGUGGCUUUGUUUGGCCCGUGGGGUUUGUGUGUGUCACUGUUGAAGACGCUGGUUUGUACUAGGCUGGCGAGGGAGGCGCUGAGCAUCCUUCCGCUGGCAGAGGCUGUAUUGUUUUAGGAGAUGUUUGGUAUUGUCUAUGUUGUCUUCCAUGUGAACAUGACAUUUAUUCAUUCA